AUGUCCAACGUAUCCGCCACUCCCUCACCUCUUCCGGUUCACAUAAAGUCGCAUCCAGAUACCAGCAACAACUCCAAUAAAAAAGAGGACAUAACUGCUCCUCCCCCCAAACCAAAGCUACGACUUCAUUUGCAAGACGCUCGUCAUGCUGCAACUGCAUCAUUUUUUCGGUUCAUCCCAGACCUCCAAGCCGUGCUAGACUCCGGUCUCGCGGCGAUAGUCGAGCAACUCUACACCACGCCUUCAUCUUCCAGCAAGACGCCGACAUCAUUCACACCAGAAAUUCCUCCUACUCGCUCCGUGACAGUCAUCCUGCAAGACUUUUCCGGCGUCGCCUAUACCAAUGGCACAGAUCUAGACGACGACCACAAGGAAAUCCAUUUCUCGCUAUCAUACAUCGAUCACGUGUGCAACAACAACGCCGACCCUCUCAGCGAACUCAAGGGCGUACUUACCCACGAACUAGUCCAUUGCUACCAGCAUACCACUCCUCCUAAUUCAAAAGAUGUUCCUGGCCCUCCAGGCGGUCUGGUCGAAGGCAUUGCCGACUUUGUGCGCCUCAAGGCCGGCUUCGUGCCCCCGCACUGGCAAAAGCCGAAAUCUGCCAGGGAUCGUCCAUCAAAAUGGGACGAGGGCUAUCAGCAUACUGCGUUUUUCCUGGCGUGGCUGGAAGAUGAGCGUAUCGGCCGUGGGGCAGUUGGAUUGCUCAAUGAUCGAUUGUUGCGGCUGGGGUAUCUCGGUGAAGCUACUGAGGAAACAAGGCAGCACGAAUCAAGCUUCUGGAAGGGGUUGUUUGGGGUUGAAGUGUCGCAGCUUUGGGAAGAGUACGGGAAAUACCUGGACAAACGUAGUUCCUAA